GAAGCUGGCAGAGGCCGAGGAAAGCCGCGGCUCUGCAAAGUCGGGAUCCGGGUUACCCUCGAUCACCCGCUCAGAGCAAGCAGGCAGUGGUCGGGCCUCCAGUAGGAGGCGGGCCGGACGGGCGGGGCGCGCGUCCUUCCUGGUUGCUGGCGCGCGUGGGUUCCGCUGCGGCGGUCCCGUGUGCACCGACCUGCUUCCCGGUUUGUGCAGCGCGGUCGGGGGAUAGCUGAGGAGGAGCUGACCCGGAAGUCUCUCAUUGGCCACUGUCCUUUCUCAGGAAGUCACUUGCCCCCCAGAGUCCACUGGCACUGAGCUUUGGGGGGACUCUUCAGGAGCUGAGAGAAUGACGCUCUUCAGGCAGUUGUCGCUGGGCUCCAAGGCUGCCCUGGCUGCAGCCACGGUCUUCCUGUCCAUGAUCCUCUCCCGCUCCUUUCUGGCUGAGACCCUUGAGCUCCAGGCCUGGCGCUGGCUGUUCCGCCUGCAGCUGAUCCUGUUUGUCAACUCGAUCAUGCUCAUUGGCUCCUCGUACAUCUGGCGGAGCACCGUGAGCAACCUCAGCCAUUCCCCUGCUGUGGAAUCUACCUGUUUCCAGAUUUGGAAGCUGGCUGUCAUGGCAUUUCUGGCCCUGGCACAUUCCAGCUUCUUCACCAUGCUCUUCUUGGUGGCCGAGGAACCCUACAUGUUUUCCUUAACAGCCUACUCCUGCCUGGGUGCCUACAUCAUCAUGGUCUUCUUCCUUUGUAUCUUGAAUGCCAUGGAACAGGCCUACCAGUUCUUAGCCUGGCGCAGUGGUAGGGUGGUGGGCAGUCUGGACAAGACAAGGCACCUGGUGCUCAGGCCUGCGCUGGCGGUGGCCGUGACGGCGGUGCUCAGUACCAUUGGCCUCCUGAAUGCUGCCCAGCCCCCAGUGGUGAAAACCGUGGAGGUGCCCAUCCAUCAGCUGCCCGCCUCCAUGAACAACCUCAAGAUUGUGCUCCUUUCUGACAUUCACUUGGGGCCCACAGUGGGCAGGACCAAGAUGGAGAUGUUUGUGAGGAUGGUGAACAGGCUAGAACCAGACAUCACAGUGAUCGUGGGCGACCUCUCUGACUCGGAAGCCUCUAUCCUGCGGACAGCAGUGGCUCCUUUGGGCCAGCUCCGUUCCCGUCUUGGCACCUACUUCGUCACGGGUAAUCACGAGUACUAUACAUCGGAUGUCAGCAACUGGUUCACACUGCUGGAAUCCUUGCACGUCCGGCCCCUACAUAAUGAGAAUGUGAAGAUUUCUGCCCCCGGGCACCCGGACAGUGCGGGAAGAGACAGAGAAUGGGUCUGCUUAGCCGGCGUGGAUGACAUAGAAGCAGACAUCCUUCACUACUCUGGGCAUGGCAUGGACCUUGACAAGGCUCUGGAGGGCUGCAGCCCAGACGAUGCCACCAUCUUACUGGCUCAUCAGCCUCUGGCCGCCAAGAGAGCCCUCCAGGCUCGGCCAGAUAUAAACUUGAUCCUUUCUGGACACACUCACGCAGGGCAGAUCUUCCCCUGGAAUGUCGGAGCCUAUCUCCUGAACCCUUUCUUCGCUGGGCUCUACCAAGUGGGCAAGGGGACGUUUGUGUACGUUAGCCCAGGUACAGCCUACUAUGGGAUACCCAUGAGGUUGGGGAGCAGGGCAGAAAUCACAGAGCUCAUCCUGUGGCAGCCUUCAUAAACCUGCCCCGAAGGCUUUGCCUUGCCCUGCCCUGGCCUGACCUUCCUCCAUCUCCUGCUCCGUCCCAGCCUUGCCAGCGCGCCUUUGGCCACAGCCUGCUGGGAACAGCGUUUGCAGUGGGGGUGCCUGGCAAGUCCAGGCAGGCUUAAGUCUUCAGAUACUAUAUUGCUUGUUGACGAUACCCCCGUGGGUCCGCUUGGCCAUGGAAGCGCGAGCAUGCAUUUGUUUUCCAGCUGCUGCAGAGAGGGGGUCCUUUUGCAGGGUGUCGGGUGGCUGGAAAUGGCACUUCUUGACCAAACUCAGGGAGAGGCAGGAACGCUUUGUCUCCUGUGGCGUAAGCCCCGCUUAGGGCUUGGGUGGGCUUUGGGAUGAUUUGAUUAGAGAUAGCUGGUUCGGGCAUGGGCCAUGUUGAGAGAGGCAUCACCUCUCUGCUUGCCUGAGGAGAGUAUGUAUCACUUUCCUCCUUGUCAAUCAAGGUCACCUUUAUCGUGGACAUCGGCAAACCCCAUUGAAACAUGGGGCCCUUCCUGCCUGCACCGUGAGGGGGUGCUGAUUACUGUGCUGGGCCAGGAUGGCUUGAGAUGAAAUCAUGGGGACUGUGGUAGAGGAUGACUGCCAUCCCUUAAGGACUUGGCAGCUCUGAGUCCCUGUUCUGUGUAGGACAGGCUCCUUCUGUGUUUGGGAGUGAGGAAGGGCACUGGGUGUGAUGAGAUAGAUGGUCCAGGUUCCAACUCAGUGUGCGAAGCGGGGGGGCUAUGCUACCUCCUCCUAAAAGUUCACUCUACAGCCUGAUGGUUUAGCAUCUUAGAGGUUACAGUGAACAUGGGGUUCUAUGUGCAGAUAAACAAGACCCUAGAGCCCCAUGUUCCCUUCAAAAUAGUUCACUUGUUUGAGGAAGGCUUCAGUUCACUCAUAGCUAGAUGAGGGGAGGCCUCUAAGAGAGUCGCUCAUUGCAGGAGGUCAUCUGUUAAUAGUCACUUCAUUGAUUGGCACCUCCUACCCAUCACGCCAGCCAGGUUUGGGUCUGAGAUUUUAGUGAGAAGCUGAGGUUUCUUGUCUACCCAUAGGAAACCUGAAGCUGCCAUGGGUAUGACCCAGCUCUGCCCCUGCAGGUUGUCCUGGGCCCUGGCUAUGGAAAGACAGGACUGACUGUUUUACCUGCGUGGGGGGUUUCUAAUUGCUCUACUUUGGCCUCUGCUCACAGAAGGGUCAUUUGUAGGACUUCAGAUCCACAAGGAAAGCAAAAGGAGCUAUCUUGUGCAGUGCCAGCAGAUUUGUUGGUCUAGCCUUUGCCAGGGGCAAGAGAGACUUUGCCCUUUGCAUAGCAGAGAGCUAGCUGGCCCUAGGAGAAGGCUCUACUGAGAUGUGUUUAAGAACAUCUGGGUAACUGAGGGUACUCUGUCUGGAGCGGGGCUUCCUGCUGCUUGUGAGAGAGGGUUGAAGCCUGGCAGUGACAAGUCCCCCUAGAUUCUUAGCUUCCAUCAUCCUGGAAAUGGCUGUACUUCUUGGAUCUACCUCAAGGCUGCUUUGCUGAGAGAACGCUGAGAGCCUGUACCUACUGUGAACACACAGUAUGAUGCUAAUGUGCUAAUCAGUGAACUGAGACCUGCUAAGGAACAUUGGCAAGCACAAGUACCUAGAAUCAACCCAGCGGGCUGCCAAUGGGUGGCGUGCUGCCCUCCAGCACAGCCCAGAUGUCCAUACGACACUAAGAGCCACCUUCCUGGUGAGUGCCCGAGUUUCUUACACGUACUGUGAAUGGGGAUUCUUCCCCCUUUUGAACUUCUGGUGUGAUGAGCUCAGGAGGCUGCUGACCAAUUCUUGUCUCCCAGUAGGUAGGGUAUUGGCAGGGGACCAUCUGGUCCCUAAAGCAAGGGACCAAGCAAGCAAGCAAGCAAGCAGGCAGGCAAGCAAGCAUACCUGUAAUU